AUGGCAUCGAACACAAAUUCCCACAAAAGAACCCUGGCCAUUUUCGGCGCAACCGGCCGCACGGGCAGCGAAUCCCUGAAGGCCCUCCUCGCGAACCCCUCCAACCCGUUCGACCUCAAAGUCUAUGUCCGCUCCAAGGAUAAGCUGGUUUCUAUGUUUCCUUCCUUCAAGAGCGUAGAAAUAGUCGAAGGCCAAGUCACCGACGUCUCUCGCGUGAAGGGAUUUCUAGACGGCGCCGACACGAUCAUUUGCGCCCUCGGCGAGAACGAAAACAGGCCUGGCAUCCGCGUGCUCACCGAUGCGUCGCGCACUAUCGUCACCGCACUCAAGCAGCUGAAGGACGGGUCUAGUUCGUCAGCAUGGAAGACGCCGCGCGUGUUGCUGUUAUCGUCAGCGACGUGGAACGAGCGCUUUGAGGCGCAGCAGCCGGCGCUGAUCAGCUGGCUCGUCAAGAAUGCGUUCUACUACCCGUACCAGGAUCUCCUCAAUGCGCACAGGACGUUCAAAGAGGCAGAGAAGGAAGACGCGCUGUCAUUGUUGUUGGUGCAACCACCAGCCAUCAUCGAAGAGGACGGAAGCGGGCACCACAUCGGCGUCGAGUCGAUUGGCAUGAUGGUGUCGUACGCCGACCUUGGCGCGGGCUUCGCGGAGCUGGCCUCGGAAGACCGGUACCGCGAACUCAAGGCAAUCGGGGUUUGGUCCGAAAGAUCAAAAGAGGGAUUUCGCAGGUACGGGCCAGAGGUCUUGUCGCGUAUGGUGAUAGGAUUGCUUGCGAGCUUUAUGCCUGGAUUCCUGUUCAUCAAAGCGCUGUUCAACAAGGUGUUUGGUUAG